AUGUCGAAUGUGCAGAUAAAAUACUUUAAUUCUAACGCUCACAAACAAAUUUCUUUUUUGCUUUCUCAAAUACAAGCAACCUUUUCCCAUUCUUCUACAUUUUACUUCUUUGUUGAAAGAAGAAGAAAAAAAACGACAGUUUUCGUCGCAUGUCUUCCACGCGAAUCCAUUAAAUAUGCUAAGAGAUGGAAAGAAAAGAAAGAAAAAAAUCUCGUUGCUGAUAAGAAACAAGUCUUCUCCUUUGUGAUGACUCAACAUGAUUUCAUUUAA